UCUCAUAUAUCUUUUUCUCUCUUUGUUGUUUGCCAGUAAUGGCAGUGUGCCAGUGUGCACAGUAAGCUCGGUGCAAGAAAAACGGGUUUAAGAGCUUUCAUCGGGAAGAUAAAGCUUUGCAUCCCACACAGCCACACAGGGCAGUCGUCUGCUUAAUAGUUGAGCCAUGAAAAUUUGAAGCAUUUUUUCUUUAUUUUCUUUUUCUCUGCAUGCCCCGCGUGCGUUCUGCAGUGAAAUCCUACUGAAACACAGCUCUUUUUCUCUCUCUCUUUCUUUUCUUCCAAACAAGUGCAAAAGAAGCUGAGAAUUAAUGCUCUUCUGUUAAUGACUAGGAAGAUAAACAAACACCACAAACUCCCAUUUUCCAAAGGAAAUCUGAGCAGGCUUUGCCAGAAAUUGAACCCACAGAGAGUAGAAUCCCACUUUUCAUAUGAAAAGCCUGUUUCUUUGUAGCAUAAAUCUCGGGAGAGUUCUUGAGAUAUAAACAAUAUUUAGGGGAAAAAAAAGAGAAUAGAUUGCGUAGGAAAGAGAAACCAACAAGAGAGAAGAGAGAGAAUGUGUUCUGUUGUUAUAUAGUAAAGCCCUUAAGUGAACAACUAGGAGAAGAAAGAAAGAAAAAAGGAAGAUAAGAUAGUGAGAGAGAUAAUGGAAGGUGGUUCCAAUAGCACUUCUUCUUGCAUUAUGGCUUUUGGACACGAUAGUAAUGAACUGUGUCCUAUGACGAUGAUGCAUCAUCAUCAUCCCAUGACUUCUUAUCCCCAUCAUCAUAAUGCAGACUCAGGAUCCUUAUUUCUUCCUCUACCUCCUGUUAACAAUCAAGGCCAGAAUCACAAUAGCAGCAGUGGUUCUUCUAUGAUCCUAGACGAUCAUCACAACAACAACAGAAACAAUACUGGAUGUUAUAUCAUGGAGAGCAACAACGAUGGCAGCUCUUUUAUUAAGGCCAAGAUUAUGGCUCAUCCUCACUUCCAUCGUCUCUUGGCAGCUUAUGUCAAUUGCCAAAAGGUAGGAGCGCCGCCUGAAGUGGUGGCGAGGUUGGAAGAAGCAUGCGCGUCCGCCGCCACUAUGGGUCCUUCUAGGACCAGCUGCAUAGGUGAAGAUCCAGCACUUGACCAGUUCAUGGAGGCAUAUUGUGAGAUGUUGGCUAAAUACGAGCAAGAGCUCUCUAAACCCUUCAAGGAAGCCAUGCUUUUCCUCCAAAGGGUUGAGUGUCAGUUCAAAGCCCUCACAGUUUCAUCUGCAAUUUCUGCUUGUGGAGAGGGUGUUGACAGGAAUGUAUCAUCUGAGGAAGAUGUUGAUGUGAACAACAAUUUCAUUGAUCCCCUUGCUGAAGAUCGAGAACUUAAAGGUCAGCUUUUGCGGAAAUACAGCGGAUAUCUAGGCAGUCUGAAACAGGAGUUUAUGAAAAAGAGGAAGAAAGGGAAGUUGCCUAAGGAAGCCAGGCAACAGUUGCUGGAUUGGUGGAGUCGGCAUUACAAAUGGCCUUACCCAUCGGAGUCUCAAAAACUUGCCUUGGCUGAGUCGACUGGUCUGGAUCAGAAGCAGAUAAACAACUGGUUCAUUAAUCAAAGGAAAAGGCACUGGAAGCCAUCCGAAGAUAUGCAGUUUGUGGUAAUGGAUGCGACGCAUCCUCACUAUUAUAUGGACAAUGUUUUGGGCAGUCCUUUUCCUAUGGAUCUCUCCCCAACUCUUCUCUAAAAGAUCCAAAGUAUUUUCGCCCUAUAUCGCCGCUGGCAGGAAGCUUGAAGGUUGCUGCAUCUAUAUGCAAAAAAAAAAAAAAAACAGUGAUAUAACGAAGUAGGAACAUAGUUUAUGUUAUAUUAUCCUAUGCAAUAUGCAUGCAUACCUCGUGUAUGCAGUUUCAGGCUGUAUUUAUUAUAUAAUGUUCUGACUCUUUGAAUCUGAUAUAUAUAUUUGAUCUCUU